UAUAAAUAAUGUCUAGCAGAAGGGAUAGUUUUGGGCGCAAUCAAGACGUUUAUCCAAGUUUCACAAUGCAAAACUGUUCGUCUGAUUGAAGAUUCGAAAAAGCUAGCAAUUUCCGCGCCCCGCAAAAGUUCGGCCUGCGUUGCGCACUUGUGUUAUGAUGAUUUCCCGUCGGCUUAUUAAGAACAGCGACGUAGUCUGUCGGCUGUGCCAGUCCACAGGGAGCGAAAUGCUGAACAUAUUUGAGCUUGAAUACGACGGCCUGCACCUGACAACAAAAAUAAUGGCUUGCGCAGCAAUUACGGUUAGAUGUUCAGCAUCUACUCAGUAGAAGUAGUUAGUGCUGAGUCGUAGUGUCUGCUUGCUGUGCAUUUGUAUUUGAAAUACCGAAAUGUUUGCGCACACACAAAUUGUUCUACCGGUGUUUCAUUAAACCUGGGGAUAACAAUGUGAAUUGAAUGUAAAUUGAGUUCAUUUUUUGCACCAAUGACAGGGUCAGAAUGUAUGGGGUAACGGGUCUGUCGUUACAAACAGCCUGAAGAGUAAGACGUGUGAUAAUUUGGCGGCAAGCAACAAUGAUCAUAAAAUUUAUCAGACAAGAAUUUUUGGUGUUUGAAGGGGACGGCCUGCCGUCGCAGAUCUGCGAGGCAUGCUUGCAGAAGGUCAACUCCUGCUUCUCGUUCAAGCUGACGUGCGAGCGCUCGGACGCACGACUGCGGCAGAGCCUCGGGCUCGUCCAGUCGGCGCCCCGCGACGGGUCGCACGAGGGCGUUGCGGUAGAAACAGAGUUCACCGCGAGCAUCAAAGAAGAAAGGGACGAAGAAGACGACAGUCUUUACAACUUCCUGCCUCAGGAGCUCUCGGAUGGCAGCGCUAAAGCAGUCCUGGAAGACUUUGCGUGCGGAGAUUACUUCCUGCGUGGCGACAGUCCCGGACCGUGUCGUCCGGACAGCCCUCUCAACCUGUCCGUUGCUGCCAAGUCCAGGAACAGCUCGGGAGCAUCGCCACCUGUUGCUGUGAAACAAGAGGCGUCGUCCGUGAAAAUGGAAGCGGAUACAUCCGUGGCCGGCGAGCCUCCGUCGUCUGGCACCCCGGCGCCGCGGGUCCCUCUGCUGGAGUACGAGGGUCUGCUCGGGAAGCUGGUGGAGACCAUGUACGCCCCGGGGAAGAGUGUCCUGAUGGAGAAGUGCGCUAACGCUCCCGCGCCGCUCCAGCAGUGCGGACUGGGCGUGAUGGGCUCGCUGCUGCUGUACCAGACGCUCGCGGGGGGUCUCGGGGGCAGGCCGUUCCGCUGCCACCUGUGCGGGAAGGCGUUCCGGAAGAAGUCCGGGCUGUCGGACCACGUGCGGGCGCACCUGAACCGCAAGGCGUACAAGUGCCGCUACUGCUGGAAGUCGUACGCCCAGCGCGCGGGCCUUCGCUCCCACGAGCGCCUGCACGAGGGCACCCAGGCGUUUGUGUGCCGGGUGUGCCAGAAGGCGUUCACCCAGCGGUCGCACCUCGUCGAGCACUUGCGCAUCCACACGGGGGAGCGGCCGUACGCCUGCCGCGCGUGCGACCGCACGUUCGCCAAGAGCUGGAACCUCAAGUGCCACGAGAAGUCGCACUGCCUGCUGCAGACGCAGGCGCUGAACACUUGCUGCUAGUCACGGCGUUGUGGAUUACCGCCUCCGGAUUACCUCGCUUGAGCUUCAGCUGUUUCUGAACCACCUGGGACGUGCUUAGAGCCACCCCUUCCCUUCAAGUGAAGUUAAAUAUGUUGCGGAAGGGCGUUUUAUUUUGAUUUAAGGCCAGACAAUAUGAGCUUCGUUUAGAGGAUUUAUAAUGUUGCUUCAUUCAAGCAACACGUGACCAAUUAGUACAAUGAAACCCACUAUUACUGUAUUCAUGUCAUUGCAGGAUUUUUUUCCAUGUAAAAUCCCUACAGUAAAUUUCCAUUUCAUUAUUUUUUUACAAAAAAAUAGUCAUUAACUUUCCACUUACUCAAUAGAAACAUUUAAAAAAUUACCCCUUGUAAUUAUUUUUUUUGACUAACUGGCAUUAGUAUCUAUAAAUGUUCCUUCGGGAAUGUUCUGAAAUGCCCUAGAUAGUGCAUCUUCUAGAUAGAUCUCAUUAUAUUAUUAGUGAAUGCAUCUCGUCAUAUGGACAUUACUUUUCACGUGCAAACAGAAAAAGUGUACACUUUUGUUCGGGUCCAGGAAGUUCCAAAGAUGGCUGCAAACACCUCCUAGCAAGCAAAUGUAUUGCGACUUAUAAUAGCUUGUAUCAAGUGUAUUAUUUUGUAUUGUCAAAAAAAUAGUUUUCUGCACUAUAUUUGGACAUUUUUUGUUUAAUGUGCAUAAUUUAUGUUGAUAUGUUCAGGUCAAAAAGUAGCCACGUAGUCAGAGCUCUUUUAGUAAGGCAACAGGUGUAAAAGUAUGGUGUUAAGCUUUAUGUUUGUAUUGCGUUGCAAUGUAAUUCAUAAAUAAUGAGUGCCAUGGAAUUUUUUUGGUUGGAAUGGCAUUGAGUGUGACACUUUGGUGAUCAAGAAUACAGAACAUCCCAGAAAAAAAGUGUUGGUACAUGUGGUUGUUUUGUAAGCACAAUGCUUUUCAGAGGAAAACAUGAAGCCAUGAAUAAGCAAAGCUGUGUGUAUUUAUGAAUAACCAAGGGACUUAGUUGUGCAUGUACAUGUUUCAGAUUUUGGGGUCCGAAUCUGAGCAUCUGAGCUACAGUGUUAAAAUAGUGUCGGGGCAAAAAAAAAAUUUGUAAAACUCAGAAAUAUGUAUUAGUUAAGUGUUACAUGUCUGAUAAAUUAGGCUGCAUAAGUGAAACAAAGGAUUAUGAGCACUGUUACUUAAGAGGUAGUUGCUUUGAAAAACAGUGUUAGUUGCUAGCGUGCACAGUAGAGCUGUGAGUGUGUCGCGAGGUAGCGUGUGUCGUGCACAAGGCUAGGAUGCUUGGCUGGUCACUAGAGUUUGAAAGCACUAAGGGUCACACAGGCUCAGGUUUCAGAUGUCUACUGACCUAUACGCACAAGGUGCAGUCUUUACUUCAGGUAUUGCACAUCUGUGAGUCUAGUGCGGUGGUCCAAGUAAUGUUACGGUGGAAAAAUAAAGAUUAAGGCGCCUGCCGAUACCAUUUACAGUAUUGCAUACUAAAUUUGUUAUACCUGUCAAAAAAAGUAUAAUAAAUAAUUAUUUUCAAAUAUUUUCACUGCUGAAAAAAAAACACAAUAAGUAAAAUAUUUGAUUAAAAUAAUAUGUAUACUAUAUACAAAAUUACUAUUCAGAAUGAAACGUUACUAUGGAAGCACUGCAUGGCCAUCCAGGCAGUUCAAGUGGUGUUACAAUAUUGCGGUUAUGUUCCUGCAAAAUUAAAUAUCAACAUGAACAUUUUUAUGCUCAUGUCUGCUGCCCACCCCUCCCUUGUCAUCAUCUCAAAUGCCAAUUGCAUACGUAACAUUUUUUGCUGUCUACAUUACAGUUCUGCUAAUCUCACCAGCUCGUCUGGUCAACAUCCAGUUAGUGCGGAUAAGUAUUUUGUACCAUACUGUCAAUCAAUUUUGAGUUUUUUUUUACAAAGGUGUUUUGUUCUGAAAAUCUUACAUCAGUUCGUAGGUUAAAAUCUUAGGUUGUGUAUGCAGUCGUAUUAAAACUAGAAGUUGUGCAAAUUUACGAGGGGAAAAAAACUUAAGAUUUUUAUAGGUCUACCCAUUUGAAACUUAUCUUUGUGCGUCUGGACUUUCGGUGAUUUAAACAAGGUCAGGUCUCAUCUAGUCUGGAUCAGCAGGACUCUACUGUAUGACUUAUUAAUGAUGGAGUGAUUGGCCCGGAGGCUGGAGUUUUGACUCGUAGCUAUCGCCACGGGAGGUGGUCGUAGUGGGACUAGGACAUACACUUAGAGAUGAUUGUGCAGUGGGUCACUGUUGCCUUCUGCAGUACGGAGGGGAAGGAAGCACCCGGUCCUGAACUCGGUACCUGCGGUGUACCAACUUGAAGCUCUACCCACCGAUGCAAGUUGGACUAGUGGGACAGUGUGAAGGGUCAGCAAGACAGCCUUAAGUCCAUGAAUGCGACAGGUUGCUUCAGUGUGCCCUUCGUUGAUUGACUUGCGCAAUUGAAUCAAGUGUACUGUCAGUUUUGAAAUGCAAAAUAAUAUUUAAUUUUUAUUGUUGAUAAUAUAAUCUACAAUUAAAUACUUUUUUUAGCUAGUCUUAGAUUUUGAAGGUUGGUUCCUUUCUGCAAAAACGUGAUCCAGUUGUAAGUUCAGAACACACAGGAUGAGAACAUCGUCCUUCGCCUUGUUGCACGAAUAUGACUCUGAACGCACGGCCACCGAGGAGUCCUGAGUUGAACGUGAGCGGCUGAAGUGCGAGCGUCACGGAUGGUCCUGACGGGCCGCUCGGAAGAGACAGCCGUUAGAAGGCAUUCUAUAGUUCCUAUCCAGUCCUGUAGUAGACAGGACUGCAAGAGUGCCAUAAUGCUAUUGUAUGUGUCAUUUUAAACUGCGUCACAUGUCAACCCUUUUUUUCGCAUUGGUUAUUUAAUUUAUGAUGAGCAGCAAACUUAAAAAAUACAGUUUAUGAGUACGUAUUAUUGAACUAUUGUUGAUAAAUAAUAUUUUAUAUUAAUUUACAAUGUGUGUAGUUAAACCUGAUUGUUAGAAGUGCAGUUGUUUGUAAAAAUUGUAUAUUUGCAUGGUUAGAAAUCUCACAGAAAUUGUAUUAUAGUUCACAAUGACACAGUACAAAAUAAUGUAGAAGACUCGCAAAAAAGUAACUUUGCUGUGUUGAAAUGUAAAGUAGACUAGUUGUACUUUUUGAGCGCAGAAUAAAGUUGUGUUCAAAUGUAUGGAAUAA